ACAAAAUGGUAUUUGAAUUUUAAUCUGCCCUUCAAAAUAGAAACAUCAACCACAAGUUUUUCUAUGGCAAAAAGAGUUUAUAUGCAUAAUAAUAUUCUUGCAUGCAUAAUGGCAUUGUAGAAGUAGCCACUUAGUGUUGUCUUCUGUAAACAUGAUGUACAAUUCUAUACUUGCAAGAAGCUUUAGUCGGUAUGAGCAGAAGAAGUUGAGAUAUGGAGCAUUGUUUAGUUGCUUGCUGAUUGUUUUGAGUUUCUGCAUUGUGUUUAAGCCUUAUUGGGGUCCGCCACCAGUUAUAAAUUUGCGGGUAUCGAUGGGGCUGGGUCUGAAGAUGUUAAUGGCCAAGGACAUAAGCAGUUCCAGGAAAAUAGCCAGCAGCUCAAUAUACAUCCAUGAGAAUAUAAGCAAUAUUUCUCAACGUGUAGUUGAUGACAAUACCAAUAUUACUUCUCAGCAUACUGUUAAGAAUGCAAGCAGCACCCAGAAUAUAGUUGAAGAUGUAAGCAUUAGUAAAAGCCCUCAGAAAACAGUUGAGAAUAUCACAAGAAGCUCCCGGCAAUUGGUUAAGGAUAAGGGAAAUUUUCAGCUCAUAGCAAAAGAUCCAGAUUUUGUCCCAAAGGAGCCGAUCUGCAAUUUCACCAGAAUGUCAGACUUUUGUGAGAUCAACCAUGAUAUAUGGAUUGAUGGAAGUUCCGCUUCUGUAUUUAUCCCUUCAAAUACUCCUCAAACAUGGGUUAUCAGGCCUUAUGCUCGAAAAGGAGACGAAGCCGCUAUGAAUAGCGUAAGGAAAUGGUCAGUUAAGUCAGUGAUUGAUCCCCAACAACUCCCACAGUGCACCCAAAAACGCAGCGUUCCGGCCAUUAUUUUCUCCAAUGCAGGAUAUGCAGGAAACCACUUCCAUGACUUUUCUGACAUCAUUAUUCCUCUGUAUAUGUCUUCUAGAAUGUUCAACGGAGAAGUCCAAUUUCUUAUUACAGACAACGGAUAUUGGUGGAUCGACAAGUUCAGCAAGCUACUCAAGAAGCUGUCUAGAUACGAUAUUAUAGACAUUGAUAGAGAAACAGAUGUUCAUUGCUUUUCAAGAGGGAUUAUCGGCCUUAAGCGCUUUAACAGUAAAGAGCUGACUAUUGACCCUUCUCAGUCAAUGAAAGACUUCAGGGAGUUAUUAAGAAGUUCAUAUUCAUUACCCAGAACUACAGCAAUGAAAAUCAAGGAUGGUGAAAAGAAAAAGCCUCGGCUUCUGAUUAUUUCUCGAAAGAGAACAAGAUCUUUUACCAAUACAGGCAAAAUUGCUCGAAUGGCUAGAAGAUUAGGAUACAAAACAAUUGUGGCGGAGGCAACGAUGAACGUACAGGAAUUUGCAGAACUUGUGAAUUCUUGUGAUGUACUGUUGGGAGUUCAUGGAGCUGGGUUGACCAACAUUGUUUUUCUUCCUGAAAACGCGGUAGUUAUCCAAGUAGUACCCUUAGCGACGGAAUGGUUGUCAAGAUUUUAUUUUGAAGAGCCUUCAAAAGCUAUGAAUUUGAGGUACUUGGAGUACAAGGCCAGAACAGAAGAAAGCAGUCUAAUACAACAAUACCCACUGAAUCAUCAAGUCCUAAAAGACCCCUCCUCCAUCCGGAAACAAGGAUGGGAAGCAUUUAAGUCAGUCUACUUAGACAAACAAAAUAUACAGCUUGAUUUGAAACGGUUCAGAGGUACUCUGUUAAAAGCCCGUGAGCUUUUGUCUCUCUAGAUAUACAUAUAUUUUUCAAUAGUAAACCAAUUUCAAAAAAUAUCAAUUGCUCAAUCCAUCAUACUUCUCCUUAGUUUCUGUUAGGACUCAUGUUUUGGUGGGAAUUGAGCAGUUAUGAAACAUGUAUGAUUUGUAGAGGGAGUUACGAAAGGAGCAAACAUAAAAAGGAGAGUGGAGAAGGAGGGAAAGGAGAAGAAAGUGGGUUUUAUGUGAGUCUUUGGUUGAUUGAUGGAAAAAGUCUAGCCUCUCGGAAGGUUAACAAAUUAAGAAAAGUUCUAGCCUCUCGAAUAGCAAAAAUUAGAGAGCACCGACUUCUCAAAUAGCCAAGUUUCUAUCAAAAUUCUUCUACCAUUUUCAGAUUUUAUUUGUAAGUUAGUCUGUGUAUCUGCCUUUUAAUCUUUUUAUUGAUCAAUGAAAAAUAUCUUUUGAGUGAGAUUUUCAGUCCAUUAUC